AUGAGACUCUCAUUAGGAGUGCUGGCUUCAUUGCCGGUGCUUGUUGCUUCACUUGCCUCUACCGAUUCAUACCGCGAUGCAGAUGCACCUCAAUCCGGCUAUCUUCCGAACCACAACUUGAACCCCAAUGUUGCAGGCUCUUCUGGCUUCAAGAGCCUAUGGACGUUCCAAUCCCCCAAUGCCAAGGAAAACUGGCUUGCCAAGCCCCUGGUUUACACCCCCAAUGGCGGAUCCGAACUCGUCAUCACCGCUUCCGAGAUGAACAUCAUCCGUGUCUUUGACGGCAAGACCGGCAAGAGCCUGAUGGAGAGAACCCUCCAAGCACCGUUCUUGGCCGCCGACAGCAACUGUGGUGAUAUUCCCGACUUCAUCGGCGUUACCGGAACCCCCAUCAUCGACCCCAACACCGACAUCAUGUACCUCUUCUCAAAAGGUUACCGGGAUGGAACCACUUCCGGCACCGCCAACGGAGUCUAUAAGAUGUAUGCUCUUCGCAUUCCCAGUCUCGAGGACGUCUCCGGCUUCCCGACUCUUAUCGACGGUAUCAAUGCCGACAACGACCCUGGCCGAUAUCUGGUUGGUGGUGUGGCCCUGCAGCGCCCAGCCCUGACAGAGCUCAACGGCCACAUUGUUGCUGCAUUCGGAUCGCAUUGCGGCCGCUGGAACUACACCGGUUAUAUCGUAUCGGUCAGCAAGACCCCAGGAGUCGGUCCGGUGAGCAUGUGGGCGACAGAGGCAGCUCCCGGUGCGCCUAGCCCCCAGGCUCUCGACCUUGUCAACGAAAGAAGUGGCAAGGCAGGUAUUUGGCAGAGCGGCAUGGGUCUGCCCACUAUCGGCAACAAUGUCUUCUUCGUGGCUGGCAAUGGACAGGGACACGCCAACGGCAAUGUUCCGGCGAGUGGUAGAAUCUCCAUGUCGACUCUCGAUGAGUGUAUCGUCAAGAUGGAGCUGUCAGCCACCGGCAAAUGGGCUCUCAUUGAUUACUUCCAGCCCUACGACUACGUCGCGCUUGAUGCCGGUGACCGUGAUGUCGGCUCCUCUGGCCUUGCUGUCUUGGACGGUUCCGUCUUCAAGGGAGCCGGUGUCAACCGCAUUGGCGUAACUGCAGGAAAGAAGGGCAGGACCUAUGUCGUGAACGCCGACAACCUUGGCGGAUUCCGUCAGGCCUCAGACGGUGGUGACGGCGUCUUGCAGACUAUCGAACUUGGAGGCUCUCUGUAUGGUGGUUUCGGCAGUUAUCCUGCUGAGGGCGGCUACAUCUAUGCGACCACCGUCGGCGGUGCCCUUGUCGCCUACAAGCUUGGCUUCGACUCCAAGGGCGUCCCGCAGUUCAGUCUUGCUGGCCAGUCUACCUGGAUUUCUGCCGGCCGUGUUGGUGUCGGCCAAAUGACAGUCACCUCCGACAACGGCAAGGCUGGUUCAGGAAUCGUUUGGAUUACUGACGUCAACACUGGUCUCAUGGCCUUCAAGGCUAUUCCCCAGGACGGUGUCAUGGUUCCCAUCACCCUUCCAUCGUCUCAAGGCACAAACAAGUACCAGCGUCCCGUUUUCGGUGACGGCCGAGUUUUCUUCCACGUUAACGCCAACAAACUCGUCUGUUUUGGUGCACCGGUCAACUCUGCCGUCAACUGCACUUCUCCUCUCGACUUUGGCUCCCUGGAACUUGGCUCCACCGCGAGCGCCACUGUCAGCUGCAAGGCCAACGUCGCCUUGGCUGGUGUCGUUGGAUGUUCCGUCGCUGACGCGUCCUGGUCGUGCUCCAACUCGACUCUCCCUCAAGGCGCGGUGGCUGCGGGCACAUCCUUCAACCUGAACGUGACUUGGGAUCUCUCAAACACUGCAGCAAAGGUUGUACCGGGCUUCCUCACCAGUGCUAUAACUCUCGCUGUAAACGCCUCGGCAGACUAUGCCGCGAGCACUUUUGUGACGGUUCAGGGUACCGUCGUCAAGCAAGGAGCCUUCCUCAAAGCGACUCCAUCGGACAUCACAUUUGGAAGACUCGUGCUGCGGGAUUCUCCCGAUGGUCUUACCGCCACUGCUCUGCUCCAGAACAUCGGCAACGGCACCCUUACCUUCACCGGGUUUGCCUGGCAGAACACUGCUGGUACCUACACCAACUUUACCAGCGACGGCACUUUGGGUGCUGGAUUCACUUCUUCGGGUUUCCCUGCUGUCGGGUCCACCUUGGACUCUGGGAAGAGUCUUUCGGUUCCUCUCCGCUUCUUCCAAUCCACUGCUGGUUCUUACUCCUCAAAGGUCGCCAUCUGGUCAAACGGUGGUUCUUCUGUCCUCACGUUGAGCGCCUCCGUCAACGAUGCUCCAGCUGUGACAUUUGAAUUGUCCGACGGUUCAGGCAACUGGAACGCACUCACAAACUUCAGCGUCGCCUUUGGCAAUGUUCUCGCUGGCACCUCAGUCGACAAGCAAAUCCGAGUCUGCAACAAGGGUGGCGCUCCCUUAACGAUUACCAUCUCCAAACCCCCUGCGACGUCUCAGCUAUUUGCUCUGAACCCUACUGCCGAGCUCACCGAGGGAACGCAAGUUGCAGCUGGUACUUGCGCCAUCGGCAGCGUAGGCCUUCACGCUGCCCCUGUCCAGCCCAACCAUCCGUCUCAAGCUCUCAACGCUCUGUGGACCAUCAGCUCCGACGGUAACGAUCCCACUACUGGUCAAGCGUCUGGACUACACAACAUCGCCUUCUCCGGAACUGUUGUCUCGAAGCAGGUCGGACCUCUUCUUACGAACGGCACCGCGCGUUAUCAAUGGGUUGGAUGCUUCCAAGACACGAGCAGUGCCGGCCGCAACUUGCAGACUUCGGUCAACACGGCUGAUCAGCAAAAGACAAACACCCUUCAGCAGUGCCAGACUCUAUGCCUUGCUAAGGGUUACAUUCUCUCUGGUGUGCAAUAUCAUCAAGAGUGCUGGUGUGGUGGCAGCAUCAAGACCCCCUCGACGUACAGAUCUGAGUCUCUCAACCUUUGCACCUUUGACUGCACAGGUGACGAUACUCAAGCCUGCGGAGGUGACGGUGGCCACAUGAGCUUGUACGCCGACAUCACUUCAUUCGACAUUGCCGGUUUCUACGCUUCUCUCAACGCCCCCAGCUCCAGCUCCAGCUCAUCUGCGCCUGUUGUAACGAGCUCCAGCUCAAUCAUUGUGUCUUCUAGCAGUGCCGUCAUAGUCUCGACGACCUCUGCUAGCGGAUCUUCCUCCAGCUCCUCCAGCAGCACGAUCUCUAGCAGCUCCUCCGCGACAGGACUUUCUAGCAGCUCGAGUUCCACUGGCCUGUCGUCUUCCAGCAGCACGCCGGCUACAAGCACAGUUGCCUCAUCCACCUUGACCUCUUCAUCAAGCACCUCGUCUUCCAGCCCUUCGUCUACAAUGGUCACGUCACCAAUCAACUCCGCCAUGCCAGCCAUUAUCAGUGGCCAGUGGAAGUACUCUGGCUGCUACAAGGAUCUCGUCAACAACACACGCCUGCUGGGUGAAACUCAACUGGCUGCAGAUGAUAUGACAUUGAACAAGUGUGCCGCAUUCUGCAGCGCUGGGGCUUACAACGGCGGGGCUUUCAACUACUUUGGUGUCGAAUACAGCCGCGAGUGCUUCUGCGGCUGGGAUGUCAAGGCGUCCCAAACUUCUGCCUCGGAGUCAGACUGUUCUAUGCCAUGCGCUGGCUCAAAGACCGGCUUGUGCGGAGGUGGAGCGAGAUUGUCGGUCUACAGCAACACGAUCCCGAACAAGGCUCCUUCUGCCCCUCAGCAUGUUCCCCAAGCUGGUAACUACAAAUUCUUGGGUUGCCAGACUGAAGGCAGCAACACUCGCGCCUUGACGGGUGCUUUCACUGCCUCGGAUACGAUGACUGUCGAGACUUGCGCCACCUUCUGUUCUGCCGGCAACUGGCAAUACAUGGGUAUUGAAUACGCACGCGAAUGCUUCUGUGGCAACACCACGAACGCUGGAUCAUUGCCAGCUGCCUUGACAGACUGCAACAUGCUCUGCAAGGGCAAUACGCUCCAAUACUGUGGUGCCGGUGGGCGUCUGGACCUUUACAUGUUUUCCCCGGCUAGCUCCAGCUCGUCUUCAAGCAUAGUGGCAUCGACUACCUCAUCGAUCGCGAGCUCGAGCUCUUCUGCUUCGCUAAUUUCAUCUUCAUCGUCCGCUCUUCCGUCAAGCUCUUCCUCCAGCAGCCAGUCUAGCAGCCUAUUGUUUACUUCCACAUCGGCUGCAUUCACAGGACAAACUGCCAGUGUUUCGUCCAGCUCGAGCGCACUAUCUUCGUCGUCUUCUUCGCCCAUUGUCAGCAGCUCUUCGCAAGUCUCUAGCUCGUCCUCUAGCAGCUCCAGCUCCUCCAUUCUCUCGACAAGCUCUUCAUCCAGCUCCGUCGUCGUGGCGUUGACAACCCCCUCUGUCAGCAGCAGCUCUUCCGCAGCGCCGCCGACAUCCUCUUCCUCAACCAUUCCCGUACCGACUGUUCCCGCAUCAACCACAGCAAGCAGUUCUUCUCUCGCCAGCACCACUGCCGCUCCGGCUGCCACACCCACAAACGGAUACUACUACAUUGGUUGCUUCCAGGAUAGCAAUGCGGGACACGCACUGCCCGGACUGUUCGCCAAUAACAGUGGCACACCCGAGCUUUGCAUUGGCUACGCCAACUCGCUCUUCAGCAACUCGCCGACCUCGACGACCAAGCUAUCCUAUGUGUUCAUGGAAUACCACCACGAGUGCUACGGCGGUAGCAACUUCGAAUUCAACGGAGCCGCCGUAACGUCACUGGUUGGACGCGGUGCCUGCAAGGACUACUGCUACGGAAGCGUCAGCACAUUCUCGACGAACGGUGUGCUCACGACGACUACUGCUACCAACAACUACUGUGGCGGACCACGCAUGUUUGACUUGUACGCCCUAUCGACUGCCGUGGCCUGGCCUACUACUGGCGGGCCUCUGGUCACGCAGACAGUAAAUUGA